AUGGCUAAUCGACAAGUUGAUGUUGUCAGCACAGAGGAUUUUGCUCGGAUAUCAAAAGAAAGGUGUCCCAACAUCUUGAUUGAUUUUGUCCCCAAAUCUGAAGUUAAGCAGUUCAUCGAGAAGAACAGCAUUCGAGAAGGAUGGAAAAGUAAUGGUAAAGAUAUACUCACGGCUUCAUCAACAAGAUCAUGUCAUGUGUUCAAGAAGAGAGGUAGUUACAGUAUGAAGUUUGGAGCCCACUCAUAUGUUCCAGAUAAAGAAAUGAAAAACCAUCUCUUCAUUAAGGAAGGAGGUGUUGAUCAUAACCCAGAGUUUGAAGUUGAUCAGCAAUCCAUUGGAUCACUAAGUCCAUCAAACAUCAGUCUCAUAGACGUGCCAGAUUAUGAUAUCACACCGAGUAUAGACGUGCCAGAUGAUGAGAACAUACCGAGCAUAGACGUGCCAGAUGAUGAGAACAUACCGAGUAUAGACGUGCCAGAUGAUGAAAACAUACCGAGUAUAGACGUGCCAGAUGAUGAGAACAUACCGAGCGUGUAUUCAAAGGGUGAAUGGGUCAUGGUAUCUUAUAACAACGUGAAGUAUCUGCCAGGUAUGAUUCUAGAUCAUGAUGAAAAGGAAAAAGAGUAUUUUGUUAGGUCAAUGGUCGCAGGUACAUCAGCUGGUUUCUACAUCUGGCCCUGCAACUGUGAUGCCCCUUCAUCAAGCCUCACUGCUGGAGCCUUGACUAUAGUUACGGCAGAAUUGAAGGACCCUUAUAGAGGACCCAAUGGAGAACCUUCACAUGGAGGGAACUGUAUUAAUGAUGAUUCAACUUACGGUCAACUCGGUGGUAACAAAAACUGGUUGAUUGUAACCCUUCAGGAGCAGGCUCAAAUUACCAAGGUAGAGAUAUAUGCACCAGACUCUGAGACCCCUCAGACUGCUAUAAAGAAUGCCCGCAUUUAUGUAAAGGGAUCAACAGGCAGAGUCUUUUGCGGAGUAGCAAAUCUUCAGACCCAAUCCGGAAUCCUGUUCAACGGAGUGAAUCGUAUGCGCUACAAAGUUAACUGCCAAGGGUCUCCAUCCGGGAAUCAAAUUCACAUCCAAUCAUCCAGAAACAGCAAUUAUAUGAAAGUAGCCAGAGUUGUGAUUUUUGGGAUUGACGGAGCUGCUGCUCCUGCACAAAUAUUCAAUGAAGACAAUGUAGGAGACCCUGCUGUACUUGAGAGAAGAGAUGAUGGAGUAAAGGUGUGGAAACCAGAAAUACAGGAGCCAGUCCCCUUCGAAGUGUUAGAAGAACUUGGCCAGAAAGAAAAUGCAGUUGAGACUCCCAUUGGUUAUUUUGCUUAUGCUGGUUACGUGGACUAUUCAUUGGGCCUGGAUACAAAUGCAGAGGAAACCAAACCGGACCAACCUAAAGAAAACCAAACCAAACCGAAUUUUGGUCAGAAUGAUUUACAAACAGCAGUUUCUUCAUUUCUCCGCUUUAAUGGCUUUGUCGAAGAUGGAGAGAUAACAGAUGAAAUGAUAGAAUUCAUGCAGAAGGAAAGAUGUGGAAAUGCUGACCUAGUAAUAGGUCAGGAUGAGGAUAAAUGUACUGACGAGUCAAGUAAAAUUAAGACACCAGCUAAUCAAAAGGCAUUAGUUUCCUUCCUGAUACCAGGCAGAGAGUCGACAGAGAGAGCAGAACCUGAAUCAUAUUAUUUGGAAGUAGACGUAAAGUUCAACAAUGUUAGAAACGGACGAAGUCGUUCUAUUUUCCUUGGUUUUAACUAUCAAGCUGAAAGUGCAAACGGAGGAGACAAACCUCUAGAAAUAGUGGCUUUGAGAUUCUUGAAUAAUAAGCUUUGUGUACAAUUCCUCACUUUAUUUGAUGGUCAAUUUGUCUCAAACUUGGUUUCCAAGGAAACUGUGUUGGAAUCAUGCUACACCCCUAACUCAAAUGAGGAGAAAACACUUUCUUUUAAAGUCAGACUGGACGUGUACAAGGACAUGGCAGGGAUUUUGGGAGUAGCAUCUCUUUCAAUAAAAGGAAAAGAAGUGGCUAAAAAUGUAUAUAAGACUGGAAUAAUUUCUUCGGCUGUGGUGAUGAGAGAUCAAGGUGACAUUGAGGUCACUUUGUCCCGAAUUUGUAAGAGGUGGACAUUAUCUGAUGAUGGUUCAACUAGACGUAUCAAACCAACCCGCAGAAAGCGUUUUGCAAUCUCUAAGCAUAAAUGGGAAACUGCUGAAAACCUUAUAAGAUUCAAUUUUCAGAAUUACAGUACCGCACUAGGGCAAGAGGGCACAAGGACUGGGGUUAUCGAUGCAUUACAACUUUUUUCUGAUGCAGCUGGUUUCAAUUUCCAAGAAGUGGUUCCAACAGCGACAGCUGAGAUAGUGUUCAUGUUUAUCAAAGGUAUUCAUGCGGACCAGAAAACCUUCCACGGAGUCGAGAAAGCUCAUGCCUUUGUUCCAACUCACAGUGAAAUUCAUUUCAAUGAUUUCGAGACGUUUACUAUGGGACAAGCAGAUGGAGCAACUAGCAUGUUGUAUGUUGCUGCCCAUGAAAUUGGGCACGCUCUUGGAAUUCUCCACUCACCACAAGCGGAUGCUUUGAUGAAAGCAGGAUAUCCACUUAACGUACGCGCAUUUAGCUUCCAGCAUCUGCAUGAUGAUGAUGUCAGAGCAGUCAAAACAUUGUACCCAGAACUCUCUGGUACUGGAAGACUAGAAAAGUUAUCAACAGUAGCUAAGGAAACAAAAUACACACCCAAAAUCCCAUUUCCAACAGAAUGCUACUCUCAUAUAGAUGCCGCUCUACAAGUAAAAGAAUUUGCAUUUAUUGUAUCUGGACCAACAAUUUGGAAAAUGAGGAAAGAGUCUGAUGCGUGGUCUAAAUUUGAUGACUAUCCUAAGAGAGUGACAAGUGUAUUUCAACAAGCGAUUGGUGGAGUGGAGGCUAUUUUUAAAGUUGAAGCCAAAAGCGAUAUAACUAAAUUUUCAGCUUUUGUGCUUCAUGGCAACAACUUGAUAUCUAGAUACAACAUUCUCCUACGUGACAAUGCAGAACCAUUAAUUACCAUUAAUUGGUCGGGGAAAGAAAGGAAUAGUUUUUUGACUAAAGGAAAGACUACAAUUGACCAAACAAUUAAAGCAGCAUUCACAUUUGGAGACAAAACUAUACUAGUAGCAGAUGACUUGCAAAGUUACUUUGAGCUAUCUUGGAGAUUCAGACCAAAAGAUGGGGAGCCAUUGUUAGCUGGUAUAAAAAAACUAACUGAUAUGAACAAAUUAUUUGGACGAUCGCCUCCAAAAGCAUUUAAUGCUGCCAUGACAUUUAAAGUGGUUGGAGAAGACAAGGAAAACAUAUACCAGUUUAGAAAGGACGUCGUGUAUCAAGAAGAACCGUUCCCAAAUCACAUCACCGAAGGCGUAAAUGCUACGCGUACAUGGAAUAAAGUCCCAGACCAUUUCAAAAUCGCUGGAUGGUGUCCUAUAGACUGGUAGUUAACAUAAUAUAAUAAACACCAACAUUUACACCAACAUUUUUGUUUCCUAUUUUGAUGAAUAAUACAAUUGAGCCAUAUUAUUUUUG